AUGAAUUCAAAGCAAAAGCUGGUCUACCUUGAUGAGAUUCGUCCAUGGAAGACUUCUUGGUUUAUUGAAGCCAAAGUUCUCCACACCUGGAAACCAUCCAAUACCAACUUUGGUGAGAGUUUGGAGAUUGUCUUUUCAGACAAGAAGGGGUGCAAGAUUCAUGCAACAUGUAAGAAAAACUAUCUGAAAUCAUUGGGAGAACAAUGCAAAGUUGGUGAAUGGAAAACACUUUACAACUUUCAAGUGAGUGCAGCAGGCAAACAUUACAGACCAACGCAGCACAUGUACAAGAUCACUUUCAUCAAUCAGACGGUUAUUAAACCCUCCCAGUUCAAAAACGAUGACAUUUAUCUUUCUUUGGCCACAUUUGAUUCUGUUAUGAGUGGAACGAUGGAUAAUGAUAUAUUAAUUGAUAUUCUUGGACAAGCUAUUGAAGUUGGAGAGAUUCAAACUCUCCAAUGUGGUGGGAAGGAGAAAAAAAAAAUAGAAUUCCAACUAAGAGAUAUCAGUGAUGAACGCAUACCAUGUUGUUUGUGGGGAAAGUUUGCUGAAGCUAUGGAAUCUCACAGAGAUGAGGCAGAGUUUGGAGUUGUUGUGUGUCUCAUUCGCUUUGCAAAAAUAGGGGCCUUUAGAGGUAAUCUACAAAUCACAAAUGGUUUUGAUUGUUCACAACUGAUGUUCAAUCCUAACAUAAAGGAAGCAGAGCAACUAAAAGAAGUGUUCAAAUUUAAUGAUAAUUCUAUGAGUAUUGUUGACACAAGUGAAGAGGGCAAAGAGAUUGUUGCGCAAAUCAGCACUGGAACUGGCCAGAUACAAUCAAGUUGGAAAGCUUAUGAAGAUAAAUCCUUAUCUGAGCUACUGAGUUGCAAACAGGUUGAUAAGUGCAAAGUUGUUGCUACCAUCAAUGCUAUAGAUACCAACUAUGCAUGGUAUUAUUUUGGAUGUGAUUUGUGUCAAACCAGGACUUAUAAAAGACUUGAGGAUGAUAUAGACGCUGACAUCAUUACCCAGCCUUUGUUUUGGUGUGAGAAAUGCAAUAAGAAUGUCCUUAAUGUUACACCAAGGUUUAAGCUCCAUCUGAUUGUUAAAGAUGAUUCAGCUGAAGCAAAAUUUAUACUUCUUGAUUGGAUUGCAUGGCCAGUUAUAGGAGUACAAGCUGAAAAAAUUUUGAACGGUUCUUUGAAUGAGGUUGAAGAUCCUGAGUUGUUGCCUGAUUGCGUUACUGAUAUUGUUGGGAAGACCUACAAGUUUGGUGUUACAACCGAAAAAGGAACUGAGUCUUUUAAAGUCCUUAAAGUAUGGUCAGUAUACAACACACUCAUGGUUGAUUCUCAAUCUGAUACAAUUACUGGAAAGGAAACUGCAGUGAAUUCAGCUUCAGAGGUGUCUCUGUUGACUUACAGUGAUGAGAGUUCUAGCCGGAUGACAACUCCUAAGCGAUCAGUGGAUGACAUUGUUGACAUUCAGGAUAACACCUCUACUUCAAAGUCCCGUCCUGUCAAAAGUAUCAAGAUUGAGAAGAUGAGCACUGAGGAACUAGGCCGAAAGAAGAACUAA